AUGAAGCUAGUCAUAUUAUCUGCACUUUGCACCGUUGCAGCUAGCGAGUUUACUUGCAUCAAGCCUGUCAAUCCCAUUCCUGCUGGCCCACCUGGUCUGUGCUGUCAACAAUUGAAUGAAUAUCCGGUCCUCGGCUUCGUUUAUGCUGGGAACAACUGUACUCAUGCGGAUCUUUUGAAGUCAUCUGACGAUGGAGAAACGACAUAUGGAUCUUGUGAGGCUGAUCAGCAGGCCGCGUGUUGCGACCCGGUCUUGACGGAAAUUGAAAAAACAAGCAACAUUGCGUGCGUCCUGCCAGAAUAG